UUACUCAUGUUAUGUAUCACUUAUUUAAUCUCCUUUAUUUAAUCAGUUUUUUUGCUUGUACUUAAUCGAAUUCAUGAAUAAAACCACAGACAGGUGUAUCAAACAUCAAAGUACUAUAUACAGCUUCCUGUUGCUUUAUCACUUAUAUACUAGUGUCGGUCACUUUCAUGAUUGGCUUUAUUAGGAUAUAAAUAUAUAUAAGUGUGAUUUUUGAGAAGUUCUGAGAGUUUGAGUUCUUUUGAUGAGCAUUAAUAAUCACUUCACAAUACAAUUGUUACUUUGUGUUCUGAGUUUCUUUUUAAGUACUUGAAUAGAAUGAAUUUGGUCCCUUAAUUUACAUGCUCAGCCUGUUACAGACUAAAUGUGUGAAUGCCACCAAUUAUCAUGCAAGUAGAUGGAAUUAAAGACAGAAAGGACACCAGACAAAAAAAGAGAAAAUCAGAGUACAGGUAUGAAGUACAGUGUCACAUAAAUUCAAACCAACACCAUUACCUAUUCCCAUACAACAAAUAAUGGUCGGUGUUGUCUUUACCACUCCAAUUUUAGCUGCUAACUAAAAUUAAUAAUUCUCCAACUGGAUCAUUGUCCUCUUUCUUUGAUACAAGAGUCUGUGGCUUGCAGAGAUUGCACGUGUAUACUCGAUACACACAUAUUUAUAUGAAAAUAAACACUUUUAAUACAUACCUGUACAUACACGAGGCUACUAGCAGCAAGGAGAUGAAGAAAUCGAUUAUUUCGUCGUAUACUUUAGCCACGCCCACUCGUAGCACAUGUUUGCAAAAGAAUAUGGCAGAAUCUCAGGCAGACAUGGCAGAAGAACUACUUGAAUCUGACUCUGGUAGUAUCGAUCACUGAUACAGAUAAUCCUGCAUCUGAGAAGGUUUUUGUUAUGUCCACUUGCAAUUAAUUUUUAUUUUUGCUUAAACAAUAUCUAUUAGCCAUACAGGGUGGUUUAUUGUGAAAUUGGGGAAUUAUGAUGGAGAAAACUUAAGUUCUAGCGUGGAAGAUACCUGCCUGAGUUGGCGUUAAGAGCUUGGUGAGGUCUUUUGGUCUUUCAAUUUUCUUUUAGUUCACUAUAGCUUUUUAUGCCUUUUUUAGAGCUGGUGAAGCCACAGAAAAUUAAAAAAAGGCUAAAGAAAAUUGAAAGACCAAUAUGGCUAAUUGUGUCCUUGCAGUUCUUGUUCACGUACUUAAAUUUUGUUUCUAUCAUUCUUUUGUCAGUCUUACUCUAUUAUAAAGGUUGCUUCAGUAAUUGGAGCCAGUCCUUCAACACUUCUAUCCUGUCCUAUCUCUUAUUUUACUAAUCCUUACUUUUUGUCCUGUGUGUUGAAGUCAUAAUAAUAAUAAUAAUAAUAAUAAUAAUAACAAUAAUAAUAAUAAACCCAUUAUAUACCACAAUGGCGAGUAUUGACUCCACGGAAGAAUCUGGCCCAGCUAAAGGCAGGCCAAAAGUGCAUAUUGAUAGAGAGAGGAUGGAACACUUAAGGUCCUUAAAGUUUACGUGGGAAGAUAUUGGAAACCUACUUGGCGUUUCUUCUAAAACCAUUCAGAGAAGGUCAAAAGAGUGGGGAAUGAAGUCAUUUACUGAGAUAUCUGAUGCAGAUCUAGACGCUUUAAUAUCAGAGGUACUACAGCAAUUUCCACACUAUGGAGAGGCAAUGAUCAGGGGCCAUUUACAUUCGCAGAAGGUACUUAUACAAAGAGCUUGCAUGAGAGAAGCAAUAUAUAGAGUCCGAGGAAGGCAUACCAUUGCUCACUCGAUUCACUGUCGAACAUACAGUGUUUCAGGUCCUAAUGCCUUGUGGCACCUAGACAGUAAUCACAAGCUGAUUAAAUGGCGAUUAGUUGUCCAUGGCUGUGUAGAUGGCUUUACCCACUUGAUUACUUUUUUAAAGUGCUCAAACAACAAUAGAUCUGACACUGUUCUUGAGUGUUUUAUUAAUGCAUCAGCUGAAUACGGUCUUCCAUUAAGGGUUCGUACUGACUAUGGUGGUGAAAAUGUUCGAGUUUGGCAGCAUAUAGAGGAAAUUAGAGGGCAAGGCAGAGGUUCAUUCAUUGCUGGAUCAAGUGUACAUAAUAGCAGGAUUGAAAGGUUGUGGAGGGAUGUUCACUCAUCAGUUCUCUCUACAUAUAAAGCAGUUUUUCAUGACUUAGAAGAAAGAGGUAUACUUGACUGUGAAAAUGAAGCAGACAUUUUUGCAUUGCAUUACGUAUUUAUACCUAGAAUUAAUAAGUCAUUGAAAUUAUUUCAAGAAGCUUGGAACUCGCACCCUUUAUCAACCGAAAAUAACAAGUCUCCACUUCAGUUAUAUCAUAGUUAUUCCCAAGGUAGUUCUUUAUUCGAUGAAACAGUUGACCCUUCAGUUUAUGGUCGUGAAGAAGAGGAAAAUGAAGAGAUUAAUGACGGUGAGGAUAAUCAGGAUAUGGAUACUGUUGUUGUUCCUACAAAUCUGGUACAACUUAGCGAAAAUAGUUUGAGCCUACUGCAAUCUAACAUCAACCCUUUAGAUCAUUUUAAUGAUAAUGGACAGCAAAUUUUUGUUAAUACUGUUGCUCUUUUGUUUACUUUGAUGCAAAGUGAUAAUUUAUUGUGAUAUUAGACAUAAUUAAGUACUUAAAACUUUUUACUA